CCCAGCCUGCCUGUGUGUCCCCUGAAAGCCAUGUGGGGCUGCCUGGUGGCCCUCGUGGGCCUGUUCUUCCUGGUGCGCUGGUACCGUGAGAGGCAGGUGGUGAGCCAGUUGCAGGACAAAUAUGUCUUCAUCACGGGCUGUGACUCGGGCUUUGGGAACCUGCUGGCCAGGCAGCUGGACAUGAGGGGCCUGAGGGUGCUGGCCGCAUGUCUGACAGAGAAGGGGGCUGAAGAGCUGAGGCAGCAAACUUCAGACAGGGUGGAGACGGUGAUCCUGGAUGUCACACAGACGGAGAACAUCACUGCGGCUGCCCAGUGGGUAAAGAAGCACGUGGGGGACAGAGGGCUCUGGGGACUAGUGAACAAUGCUGGCGUCGCCAUGCCUACAGCCCCCAACGGGUGGCUGACCAAACAGGACUUUGUGGAUGUUCUCAAUGUGAACCUGCUGGGGAUGAUUGAGGUGACUCUGAGCCUGCUGCCCUUGGUGAGGAAGGCCCGGGGCCGUGUGGUCAACGUCUCCAGUGUCCUGGGCCGCCUGUCCAUAAUGGGUGGCGGCUACUGCAUUUCCAAGUACGGUGUGCAGGCCUUCUCAGACUCACUAAGGAGGGAGCUCUCCCCCUUUGGGGUGAAGGUGGCGAUCAUUGAGCCUGGUAAAUUCCAGACGAAUAUAGCAAGCAAGGAGAGCUUUCUGAGAUCCUUACAAGCUUCAUGGGACCAGGCCAGCCCCGAGGUCAAGGAGGUCUAUGGCCAGGGCUAUGCUGCAGCCUGUAAGUGAACUAUGCCCAUAGGAGGAGAAGCAGGUCGGGUGGGAGUCCUGGGGCCAUCCCUUGUGUCUCCAAUUCUGACAGGGCCCCUCAGACAAAUCCUUCCUACUCUAGCCAGUGGGGACAUUUAAUCCCAUGUCCACAGUCAUGUGUGAUCACAUGGUCACCUACAUCGCAUGUCUAAGCUUAUAACAAGGCAG